GAUAUGAGAUCCAACAGCAAUAAGUAAUGGCGAAGACACAAGUGCAUGUGUGUAGGUAAGGAGCGAGCGUUUCGCCGUCAAAAACUCAACUCAAACGCACACAUACAUACAAAUGUUCCAAUCAAACAAUACUGCCACUUACCCGAUAUAAGGAAAACCUUUUUCUGCAUGUGGCCAGCAAAUAUUUAGAAAAUGGCGACUAAUAUAUCGCGUCUUGUUUGCUUGUGUUAAAUGAAAACAUUAACUCAAAGAGAAAAAAACUAACGCGGAUCUCUAUAUUGCUUAUAAGUUAAAUUUUGUACGCAUUGUCAAGUCGGGAAAUUUUCAAAAAAUCGAUCGUUUACUGAGAAAAAUAAAAAUAAUCGGCGAUUUGUUCAAAAGUUUAUUUUCCGUAAAGCUACAAAAUUUUGUGUAUGGAAAGCCGCAAAGGGAAAGAUACCGAUGAACUAUAGGUUUUUCAUUCAUUUAUGCCUUCCGUAUAUGAUGAAGUGAAUGUGCGCUUAAACAUCGAAAUAUAAAAAUAUAAGCGAUUGUGAAAAAAACUCGGCAGAAUUGAUGCAUGUGCUUAACCCGUUUUUCUUAACGAAAUUCGAUCGAGGAGACUCAUAGUUGAAAGUGGAAAAGAGACUAAAACGUCAAGCGAGCGGCGAACUGAACCAAUAAAAAUACAACGAAAAAAAACUGUAGCAACAAAAUAAAAGCUGACAUUUUUUCAAUUUUUUUUUCUUUAUAUAAUUAAAAAGGAAGAAAUAAAUGCAUUUGAAUUCGAUGCAAAUGAAAUUGAGAAAAAAAACGAAUGCGAAUCCUGGGAAAGUGUCUAAUAUUUAAAAUUGUGGGUUGUUGAAUAGCGUAAUUGUUUUUGUUUCAUUUUUAUAUACGCUCCGCUUCGGACAUUACUUGAUUCAUUGAAAUAAAGGUUCUGCGAAUCGACUUAAGCAAGCUAUCAAAAUGACGUCGAAUAUGUACCGCGUUGGAGAUUAUGUCUACUUCGAGACAUCAUCAACGGCACCGUUCCAAAUUCGUAGGAUAGAAGAACUUAAUAAAACGCCGUCGGGAAAUGUGGAGGCAAAGGUGAUGUGCUUUUACCGAAGGAGAGACUUACCAAAUCCAUUAGUUCAGCUUGCUGACAAACAUCAAAUGGCUUCUACGGAAGAUUCACCAAUAGCGAACAAGCUAAAAAGGAUUUGGUUCAAAACUCCAAUUGGUGAAGAACAAGCAACACAAGCCGUUUUAGACCCAGUAGUUGCUUCUUUAGAAGAAGAGCGCAAUAGUCCGAGCGGUGGAAAUGGGUCUGGUGGGAAUGGUUCAGAAAAGGAACCAUUAACGCCGAAGCAACGACAUCAAAUGAAGCAUCGCGAAUUGUUUUUAUCUCGCCAAGUUGAAACACUUCCAGCAACACAUAUUCGAGGAAAAUGUUCCGUUACAUUGCUAAAUGAAACUGAAUCUAUCUUGAGCUACUUAAACAAAGACGACUCGUUCUUCUACUGUCUGGUCUUCGAUCCAACUCAGAAAACAUUGUUAGCGGAUAAGGGUGAAAUUCGGGUUGGUAGUCGAUACCAAACUGAUGUCACACCCCUACUUCGCGAAGGGGACAGUGAUAAUCGAAAUUUGGAUGAAUUAGAAUCUUUAGUUUGGACACCUGGCCACUCUUUGAGUGAUAGAAAAAUAGACCAGUUCUUGGUCGUAUCAAGGUCGAUCGGCACUUUUGCGCGGGCACUGGAUUGCAGCAGCUCUGUCAAACAACCGUCCCUACACAUGUCUGCUGCCGCUGCUAGCCGAGAUAUCACAUUGUUUCAUGCAAUGGACACACUUCACAAGCACAACUAUUCGAUAGAAGCGUCGAUGUGUUCUUUCGUUCCAUCGAGUGGACCAGUAUUGUGUCGUGAUGAGAUGGAAGAGUGGAGCGCAUCAGAAGCUAAUUUAUUCGAAGAAGCUCUUGAUAAAUAUGGCAAAGAUUUUACUGAUAUACGACAAGAUUUUCUUCCGUGGAAAACACUUAAAAACAUCGUGGAGUACUAUUACAUGUGGAAAACAACUGACCGUUACGUACAGCAAAAACGUUUGAAAGCCGUUGAAGCCGAAUCGAAAUUGAAACAAGUGUACAUUCCCAAUUACACCAAACCUAACUCAGCGCUUUUGAAUAAUUCGUCAAUUUCGGCGGCGACCAAGGGCGGUUUAAGUAUAUUGAAUGGUAGCUCCAACGGAAAUUCUAACAAUGAUGUUAUUGCUUACAACUGUGGUAAACCCUGCGAGUCUUGCUCAACUGUCCAGUCUGCACAGUGGUAUGCAUGGGGGCCAUCGCAUUUGAGCUGCCGAUUAUGUCAAUCUUGCUGGAACUAUUGGAAGAAGUAUGGUGGCCUUAAAAUAGCUUCGCGCUUAACUGAUAACGACGUUGAUACUAAAAAGAAGACAUCGACCACAAAUGCUGGCAACAAUGCAAACGAUGUGGAACCUAUCACAGCUGGAGCGAACGCCAACGCGAAUGCUAACUCUAACGCAAACGCAAACGUAAAUGCAAACGCAAACGAUCUAUCAAACCGACUGUCGCACAAAUGUUCAAUUGCUAAUUGCGACAAAGAGUUUAAACUUAAGGCACACUUGGCUAGACACUAUGCCCAAGCCCACGGUAUUGCCAUCCGAUCUGGAUCGCCUCGUCCAAUCAUGAAAACUCGAACCGCAUUCUAUUUACAUACGACAGGCGUAACAAAACUGUCGCGACGUCUCUGUCGUCAUAUUAUACGUUCAAAGAAAGCAGCCCGCCAACCAUCCUAUGCUAUUAAUCUGCAAGCCGUCAAAUUGGAAUAUGCCAAUGCAAUUGCUGAUAAAUCAUUCAACGAUGUCAAAAAAUUAUUAAUUUACAUCAAGAAGAAUCGUGGAAGCGUCACAAAAAUUGCAAAUAGAUUGGGCAAUCCAGAACCAUGUGAGACUGACUGGCUCAAACUAACACCUAAAGAUAAAAUGCCACAGCCGGAUAAAGUCGCUUUUCCAAAACCACCGAAAGCGGCUGAUGGCAGUUUAAUAUAUGAACGUAUAGCGAAUAAAGGUGAGGCUGAAAGUAGCAAAAACUCGACGGGCACAACAUCUCCUGUAUCGCUUAAAAGACGACACCAAGGAGACGAUGUGAAUGGAGUAGCUGCUGAUAACAACAUGAAUAACGCAACUCCACCGGCAAAACGGCCAAACAAAGACCCAAUGCCAUCCCAUCGGCCCACUCCAGAACAAUAUGCAGCCAUGAUUUCAGCCGCAACAGCUGCUGGCCAACCAUUGCCGAAACAUCAUAUGAAUGGGAAGCCGAAAAUAGCUCAAAUGACAAGAACGGGUUCCGGACGCAAACAAGUCAUAAGCUGGAUGGAUGCUCCAGAUGAUGUAUAUUUCCGGGCAACUGAGGGAAGCAAACGAGCAAGAAAAAUCUUGACAGUCACUGAGCUACGUAGGUCAGCAAGAAAACCAUAUCGUCAACUAAAUUCAUCGUUUUACGUGGCUUUCUCCAAAACAUUACCCGUAAUAUCACUGCCGGCCCAACUGCAAAUUCAACCAGUACCACAAGCAACCACACCCACCGCAUCUUCGACCAAAGCAGCAACAGGUCCUUCACCUGCAGCAAACACCACACCAACAACGUUGAAUUCUCCAACGAGUGCUGAGGCACCAGCUUCAGCUACAUCGGUAGCAUCACCACAAUCCCCGCCAGCCACAGCUGUAGCUGCUUCAACAGCGUCAUCAUCACCUGAUGCAGCACAAAAUGAGACCAAUGAAGCAAGUACUGCCACCGCAUCAACUGAAAAUGAUGCCAACAGUAAUACCAGUGGUGGCGAAACCCAAGUUGUGAUAUUAGAUUGACCUAAAGCAUCCCAAUCACAUCAUCCAUACAAUAUGGAUGCAAUCCUCAAUUAAAAUAAAUCGAAAAAGGAAAUUAUCAAACUAAAAGAUUUCAGCAGAUCUAUUUAAUAAUAAUGAGUAAUAUGCAUAUUCGGUUGGGAUUAGAAACAAAAUACGCAUAAUGAAAAUUAUGUAAACGUAUAAUUUAUAUUUCUAAGACAUUUAUAUUUUGUAGCCAGUAAAUGACGACGAAAAUUGUAACUAAAUUGCUAAUUCAAAACUGAAAAGAGAAAAAAAAAUACGUAAGCCUUUCCAUUUCAGACGUAACAUUAUGAGAAGUAAUCUCUGGAUCGUAUAAACUAGCACCAUACAUUAACGUUCAAAAGUGAAACCAUCUUUUUGACAAAAUUUUGUUUCAAUCAGAUCCAAUUACAAACACACACACACACAUUUAAUUCAGUUCAAACAUUUGACAGAGGAAUGCAAGUGGUCUCGCAAACCAUGAGAGAUUCAAUGCCACUCCAUUCCCGAAAAUUUAAUAAUACGUUUUGAUUUCAUAAAUUGAAACAUGUUACGCAAUGAAAAAAAAACAACAACUAUUUCAGUAUAUUCAAACCUCUUUCAAAUCAACCAAGAAGCGUAAAUAUUUAAAUGUUUCACUUUUAUAAAUUAUCAUUCAUGUAAUCGUUAAGUAUAUUGGAACAAUAGACAUAGAAUAAAUGACGAUGAUGAUGAAUAUUUUUGUUGGAUGAAACUGGUUAUGCUUAAGUUUCUUUCCCCCAAAGUAAUUUUUUGAAUUAUUUAAUUCGAACUUCACCGAAACACGAAUACAUUAACCAGUGGUUUUAGUAACACUACACAGUUCAAUUCACCUUCAUGUCUCCAAUGAUUUUGUAGAAGAUCGAACUGGUUGAUAUAUUUUAAAACAAAUCAUUUUCCUAUAGUUGACUGCAACUAUGUCUAAAAUUAUGUCUGUACAAUAUGUUGGUAAAGAAAUUCAUACGAAUACAUUUUAUUGUCAAUGUGAGGCUGAAUAUAUUAAAAAGCUUGGAAAAUUCGGUUUGCAAACUGAUACACACUGGCACACUGUAUGUCUGAAAAGUAAUUUUCUAGAAAACAAAAACAUUUUGCAAUUAUUUGAAAAGUCCUUCAUAUGAACUGAACACACAACAUAACAUUGAAAUACAUUUAAAAUCUCUUUUUAUGAACUGAAAAUUGCAGUAAUAAGAUAUGCAUUGUGAAACACAUAUUUAUAAUAAUAAAACGGAAAAUAGACGGAUAAUUUAGGGAAAAAAUGUA